GUAAAAGGCGCAUGCGUGAACUCCACAUGUCCGUGUAUUUAUUUUAACUUGAGCGCUAUGCUACUCACGAGGAACAUUUAACUCAAAGAAACGCGACCGUGGGCAGUUUACUUUAGUUCAUUUACAGCUCGACGGGUACUUCAGCUCAAGUGUAAAAUGUCGAACGACGGUUCAACAAAACUAUCGAAAAAUCUCCUGCGAAUGAAGUUCAUGCAGAGAGGUCUGGAUGCUGAUGUGAAGAAACAGCUGGAUGAGGAGGAGAAGAGAAUCAUUAGUGAUGAACAUUGGUUCCUGGAUCUGCCUGAACUCAAGGCUAAAGAGAACUACAUCGAGGAGAGAAGUUAUGUACCCUGUGAGGAUUUGGUUUAUGGCAGAAUGUCAUUCAAAGGCUUUAAUCCUGAUGUUGAGCGAUUAAUGGUUCUAAUGAACGCACCCAAAGUGGAAGAUGAGGUUAAUGAAGAGAUUGGAGGUAUAAACAAAAUGGACACAGAUAUAACAGAUGAAGAAAUGGCUAGAAGAUAUGAAAGCUUUGUCGGCAGCAUGAGGAAAAAGUUCGCCAAGAAACGAGAUCGCUCUGCAAUCAUUGACAGAGAAGAGGACGUAAACUCAAAUGUUGUUGACUGUAAACCAAAGAAAGCCUUCUUAAAGCCUCAGGACUGAAAUUUUAAAUUCG